UGGGUAGGUCUGUGUUUUGGUGACCAAAAUAUUAACCAUUGCCCCUCCCCAAGUCCCGAGCUUAGGUGGGUCGACCUUGGAUUUUGGGGGUAAAAAGCCUCGAGGGACCGAGGCUCUCUCUUCCUUCGUCUCUGCACUUUAUUCUCUUCAAAUUCGAUAGUUUUACUCUGUGCCCUCGAACGAGGUUUCCUUUGAGACAAAACUCUCUCUCUCUCUUCUGCGUUGUCGUCUUCUAACUCUCAGAAUCUCAUAUCUUACUUCUAUGAAUAAGGGCAGUACCUCUCUGUUCAUUUCCGUUUGAGUUUCUUUUUGUUUGAAAGAAAAAAAAAACCUUUGUUCACUGUUGACUGAACUCGGUCCACAAAUCAUAGAACCAAAAUGCAUAUCAGAGUUUUUCGAAUGAAAAAAUGAAAAUGCUGUGAGUCAUGAGAAUGGAAUGUUGAAAAAGCUGUUCUUUUCUUGGUUGUCUUCAUAACAUGAAGGAAAACAGAGGACUGCCCUUUUGUUUUUUGUCCCUAAAUCUGUGACCAGCUCCCAUUGUUUUGAGCACUAACCAUUACUUCAACUCCUAUUUCUUAUUUUUGAUUUUUCACUUUUGUCUAAAACCCAACUUUCCUUUUUCUUGCAUUUUCUCCAACUUCUUCUUCUUCUUUUUCUGGUAAGAAAUAGAAUCAUUGAAAGUAUCGAAGAGUUCAAACAAUAAGGGGAAAAAGAAAAUCUGAAACCGCAUUGUUGAUAUAAAUCAAGUUUGCUAUAUGAAGUUGUGAACAAUGAGAGAUGAGAAUUCCAAGAAAAGCAAGGUUGUAUGAUUAUACUGAAUGAAUCUGUUUCUCGAUGAAGCUUUCAUGGCCUAAGACACUUGUGAAGAAAUGGUUCAACAUAAAAAGCAAAGCUGAUGAUUUUCAGGCAGAUGAUGUCAUUUACGAAGGUGUUGAUGAAGAGUGGAGGAACACCUAUUCAGAGAGGGAGGCAUGCACAAUCAAGAAAAGUAAAACAGAAAGAUUCAGCAAAAGGCACUCUGAUAGAGCCCGCCGAGGCAAAAUCGAUCUAGACUCCUCCCAAGUUACUGAUGUGCAUAAUUAUAGAGUCUUUGUAGCAACAUGGAAUGUGGCUGGAAAAUCUCCUCCAAAUAAUUUGUGUCUUGAGGAUUGGCUUCACACCUCGCCUCCGGCUGACAUUUAUGUUCUUGGGUUUCAAGAAAUAGUUCCUUUGAAUGCUGGUAACGUUUUGGGCACAGAAGAUAAUGGCCCAGCUAGAAAGUGGCUAGCCCUCAUAAGAAGAACCCUGAAUAGUCUUCCAGGGACUAGUGGAGGUUGCCAAAAUACCCCGUCACCUGUUCCUGAUCCAAUAGUUGAAAUAGAUGCAGAUUUUGAAGGUUCAACAAGGAAGAAAGCAUCUGCUUUCUUUCACCGCCGGUCGUUCCAGUCAUUGAGCCGGAGCAUGAGAAUGGACAAUGACAUGUCAGUCAUUGAACCUCGGCUCGAUCGACGGUUCAGUGUUUGUGACCGGGUGAUCUUUGGUAACAGACAAAGUGAUUAUGAUCCAAAUUACAGGUGGGGCUCCUCGGAUGAUGAGAAUGGACCCGGGGAUUCUCCUGUGGCUGGUCAGUAUUCACCAAUGUCCUACAAUGGCUCUCUGUCCAUGGAAGAUAGAGACAGACAGACAGGGCACUCUAGGUACUGUUUGGUCGCUAGCAAGCAAAUGGUGGGGAUUUUUUUAACGGUCUGGGUGAAAAGUGAUCUGAGAGACGAUGUUCGAAACUUGAAAGUGUCUUGUGUUGGUAGAGGAUUAAUGGGCUAUCUCGGAAACAAGGGCUCAAUUUCAGUUAGCAUGUCUUUGCACCAAACAAGCUUUUGCUUCAUCUGUAGUCAUUUGACAUCUGGGCAGAAGGAAGGAGAUGAACUUCGAAGGAAUUCUGAUGUCAUGGAGAUCCUAAGGAAGACGAGAUUUCCCCGGGUCCAUGGCAUUGGAGAUGAGAACUCACCGCAGACAAUACUGGACCAUGAUCGGAUCAUUUGGCUUGGAGAUUUGAAUUAUCGGAUUGCCCUUUCUUACCGUUCCGCAAAGGCUUUAGUUGAGAUGCGCAACUGGAAGGCUUUGUUAGAGAAAGAUCAGUUGAGAAUAGAGCAAAGAUGGGGGCGAGUUUUCGAUGGUUGGAGUGAAGGGAGGAUAUAUUUUCCUCCAACAUACAAGUACUCUAAUAACUCAGACAGGUAUGCGGGAGAAGAUAGACACCCUAAGGAGAAACGAAGAACUCCAGCAUGGUGUGAUCGUAUACUUUGGUAUGGAAGAGGCCUGCAUCAGAUGUCUUAUGUUCGUGGCGAGUCAAGGUUCUCAGAUCAUAGACCAGUUUACAGCAUGUUUGUGGCAGAAGUGGAGUCUUUAAAUCGCAACCGGAUAAAGAAAAGCAUGAGUUGUUCUAGUUCCAGGAUUGAAGUAGAAGAGUUGUUGCCACAUUCUAACGGAUAUACAGAUCUCAAUUUCUUUUGAUGGUGGAUUUUUCUCUAUUCAUCUCUCAGAUCAAGAUAGUAGAACAUCGAUCUCGUGUUUCAACUCUUGGUAAUUUCGCAGCAUAUUGAAGAACACUAUGGUUAUCAUAAAGAUUCCCGAAAUAAAUUUCAAAUUCUUAGGAUCUCAGAUCCUAGUUUGCCUUGCCACCCGAGGUGGUCACGGCUUGCAAAGGAACCUUGCCUAUGGUGAUAAAGACAUUAUGACUGUUGCAUAUACGAUCCUAAAAGAAGGCACAUAGUUCAAACUCUCUGACCCCAUAACACAACUUACGAAUUCGUUUUAACCACUCGAAAUGCAAAACCGAGACUCAGAAGAAUCUUCGAUAAUAUUAAGAAAGGGAUUCAAUCAGUUUUGGAGGCUCCAAGUAGUUGGGCAAUAUCUAAUUUGUUUGACAGUUGAUUUGAAUAAAGAAAAUGAACAAGUUUGUAUUAUAUUAUCAGCUUAAGAAGAAGAUCAUAGAGUCAAAAAGUUUUCGAGUAUUUUUUCACCUUUAUUUUUUAUUUUUGGGGGCUUCCCCAAUUUUGUUUACAUAUGUAUAUAAUGAUAAAAGAGCUGGGAGAUGUGAUGUGGUCUCUGAUUGAUACUCAUUGCAAGAGAAGAAAAGAGAAUUUCAGCUUCUGAUGUAAAAGAUUUUUUUAUUUUUAUUUAUUGCUGCUAACAACACUAGUGAUUUUUCUGAAAGAAUAAAAUAAAGCUAGUUUCGUUUA